AUGUCCUAUGCCGUGGAGACCAAGAAGCGCAAAUUCCACCGAGUGCUGGAGUCAUUGACGAAACCCUCGAACCCCGAACCUCCGUCUAAACCGGCCCCCCAAACACCACGCCGGGAAUCCACCACCUCCGCGGACCUGUCAGCAAAGAAAGCUCGGUUGACCGGCCAGAAUGGAACCGAUCUCGCAUCGGUACGGAAAACGAUCUUAAAGGUGGACCGACCGGGCUCUCGAGAUUCGAACUCCCCUCGACCGACCUUUGUGCCCUGGGAUCGCGAGCGGUUCCUCGAGCGGCUGGCGACGUUUCGGCGCGUGGACCGCUGGUCCCCGAAACCGCUGGCGAUCAGUGAGGUGGAGUGGGCGAAACGCGGUUGGAUCUGCUCCGAUGUGUCCAGAGUGGCCUGCGUUGGAGGAUGCGGCGGUUCGGUCGUUGUCAAGCUGCCGGACGAGCUGGACGAGUUGGAUGGAUAUGAUGGUGAAAAAGUGGAAGAGAGGAGGGAAGUUCGUAAGUCACAGCUUACUUCACUGGCCCUGGAUAUCCAGAUGAGCGAGACUAAUCAGAUUAAAGGUGACCGACUCGUCAAAGAGUACGUUGAGCUCGUCGUUAACGGACAUGGCGAAACCUGCCCGUGGCGGAACAAGGGUUGCGAUGCCACCAUCCAUCGACUGCCCUUAGCAAACCCCGACACCGCCAUAUCUGCCCUUCGCACGCGUUACUCACACCUCAGCAAAAUGGCCACGCAGCUACCGGAAUACGAGGUCCUGCAGACCCCGGAAUCAUACAAACUGGAGGACAUCAGCAAGACGCUACCAACAGCAGGAUUCAACGACUCCGAAACGAACACAGAGACCCCAGAACCACAGACUCCCAGCCCAGCCGACAAAGAAACCCCAGCCGCCGAAAGUCCCAAAAAGACCGAAGACGCGACCCAGCAGGAACCGACCAUCAACCGCACGGCGUUCGUCCUGGCCUCGUUCGGCUGGGAUAGCGUUUCCGACGGAGCAGCCGGACUGGCCGAAUGCAGCGCAUGCUUCCGACGCCUGGGACUGUGGAUGUACAAACCCAAACAGAACGGCGACAGCGCGAUCUACGACGCCCUGGACGCGGCCAACGAACACAUGGAAUACUGUCCCUGGAUCAACGGGACAGCGCAAAGCGGUACCGGCAAGGCCUCGCAGAAACCCGACGAGUUGCACAGCGGGUGGCAACUCUUGGUGCAGGCGCUGAAGGUGAAGCAUCGUCGUCGGGUUCGCUCCACUGCUUCUGUGGCUAGCUUUGCGGUCUCUGAAUCGCCGUCGACGGAUGAUCCUGUGGUGGAUGACGCCAAUGUCGAAGCUAAGAAGGCGUCGGAUCGCGAAUGGUGGACUAAACUUCGGAAAAUGAGGCAGGUGCUUAAUGUCAAGUCGCCGAAGAGGAAGUCAACUGCGGAAUGA